GCUGCAUGUUUACUUGCUUUGUCAGCGCUCCCCGCAGCAGAUAUCUCAUGAACCUCAUCUGCUGCUGAUCAAAACCUUGGACUUUUAUCCCUUAGAGUGAUUUAUCACACCGUCAGGCCUCCUUAUCAGCAGUUUCCUCUCUCGCAACAUUUUGUGACUAGCCACUUGCGGACCUUGAGCCGGGACUCACCGGGUUCACAGCUUUUUUUCUAGCUAACGGAAAGAUGACGUUAAAAUCCAAUAAAAACGAACCCGCAGUCAAACUGGAGUCGGUGAACAGCGUCCGGACAGCCCUCUCCGACCUCUACCUGGAGCAUCUCCUUCAAAACAAACCAAAGACAGACAAGGCUGCUAUGCAAACCUACGAGAAUAAGGGGGCUGAGGUUUACAGCAAUGGCAGUGCUGGACACAUGAACGGCUCAGAGCUGACCAGGAUGAAGGAAGUCGAAUUUGAAAAGAAUUCUUCAGAACCACUGGGGGUCACUCUGAAGCUUAACGACAAACAAAGGUGCACUGUAGCCAGGAUACUGCACGGGGGCAUGAUCCACAGACAAGGAUCCUUACAUGAAGGGGACGAAAUAGCAGAAAUCAAUGGGAAAAGUGUGCUAAACCAAACUGUAGAUCAGCUACAAAAGAUCCUGAAAGAAACAAACGGAGUCGUCACAAUGAAGAUUAUUCCCAACAUGCAGAGUCGAUCCCGCGUCUGUGAGAUGUACAUGAGGGCCCAGUUUGACUAUGACCCCAUCAAGGAUGACCUCAUCCCAUGCAAAGAGGCAGGUCUGAAGUUUCAAACUAAUGACAUCAUUCAGAUCAUCAACAAGCAGGAUCCCAACUGGUGGCAGGGCAGAGUGGAGAGCAGCGCUUCUGACUUUGCUGGUCUGAUUCCCUCCCCAGAGCUCCAAGAAUGGAGGGUGGCAAGUAAAAGCAAGGCCAGAGAGGGCAGUCAGUCCUGCAGCCCAUUUGGAAAGAAAAAGAAGUGCAAAGACAAGUACCUGGCUAAACACAGCUCGAUUUUUGACCAGCUGGAUGUGAUUUCUUAUGAAGAGGUUGUCCGGCUGCCUGCUUUCACAAGGAAAACACUGGUGCUUAUUGGUGCACCUGGCGUGGGAAGGAGCCAUAUUAAAAGUGCACUACUGACCAGAUACCCUGAGAAGUUCUCCUACCCUGCACCACACACCACCAGACCCCAGCGUAAGGAGGAGGAGAAUGGACAGGAAUAUUUCUUUGUCUCCAAUGAGGCCAUGACCAAGUUCAUCUCUGGGAAUGAGCUGUUGGAGUACGGCAGCUUCCAGGGGUAUAUGUUUGGUACCAAAAUUGAGACCAUCCAGAAGAUCCACGACCAGGGCAAAAUUGCUCUGCUGGAUGUAGAACCACAGACCUUGAAACUCCUGCGAACAGCUGACUUUGCACCUCUCGUGGUGUUCAUUGCUCCGACCAGCACGGCUCCCCAGACGGAAAACCUGCAGAUGAUCCAGAAAGAGUCGGACGCCAUUUUAGCCACAUAUAGACACUUCUUUGAUGUGGUUCUUGUCAACAACGAUGUGGAUGAAAGUGUGAAAGGUGUGGAGGAGGCCAUGGAGCAUGCCAGCUCCACCCCACAGUGGGUGCCUGUAUCAUGGGUGUACUGACAGGCCCCUAGUGUAAUACCUUUCUGUUUGUUAAAAAGCAGUGCAAUAUCACUCCUUACACAAAACAAGUUAGUAAUGUCCCAGGUGUGUAUGGGUUUACUUUUGGUUCAUGUUAAUUGUCACUGAGAUAUUUUGCACAAAUGCAUCCAAAAAAUGAGCAAUAUGUAGAAGACUUUAUUUUAGAAAGUUGAGAACCUCACCGACGGUGUGUUAUUUGGUUGUUUCGACAUUUGUGCUUGAGGCUUUUGAGGGGCUAAGGGAUCGUUUUGGUGCCGCACACCUUCUGUGAUUGUUGGAAUGUGAGCUAAUGCAAAAUAGGACCACAACUGUGAAUGAAAUCCUCUCUUUGAAAUGACAGGAUUUUAUCAUGUAAAGCAUUAUCUCGGGAUUCAUUGUGUGUUUUUCUGUUGUCAUUAGAUUGUGCCAUGAAAUUGAGAUUCUGAAACUGUUUGUUCUUGCAAUAUAUUUAACUCCAUACAUCAUCCUCUACCCCAAAUCUUUCAGUCAGUCAUAGACAACCUCACCUGUGUCAUCUCAUCAAAAUUGUAUACCUCAUGGGGUACUGUAAAGGCACUUUUAAACAAAAAAAUAAAAUUCCCAGCUCUGUUGCAACUGC